GACGACGGGAAGAAAGGUGGUUGUGUGCGAAUUCAUUAAUGUCGCAACAAAUUAUAACGGUUUGGUUCGUAGACGUCUCAUUCAGUUGUAGCCUGUAGUGUGUCUGAGUCAAAAUGGAGGAAGCACUUGAUAUCAGGUUAAAAUUGCUUAUCGAAAAUGUCGAAUCAUUAAUGAAAAAUGGGCAAGAUUUAUUACACAAAGCAAAGGGUACACCGGAAGAUUCCAUCGAUAUCAAAUCAGCAAAAAUUAUUUAUGUUAAACUCCGAUCAGCUAUAGACCGUUUUGUCACAGAAAUGCACCAUUAUUUCAAAAUGGUUCAAAGUCCAUCCGCAGACAAUUUGUCGUCAUACACGACCAUCCAAAUUCAAGCGGAGGAGGUAGUAGUAGAGCUGGACCUGACCUUAAAGGACCAGGACAAUCAUCGAGAGAAUCAACCAGAACCGCAACGCCAUUCCAAUGUCACUAGCAAACUACCGAAAAUGGAGCUCGCUAGGUUCAACGGUAACAUACUCAACUGGCAUGCGUUUUGGGAUCAGUUCGAAUCCAAUAUAGACAACCGGGAUAUCAAGGACGUGGAUAAGUUGUUGUAUCUACAAUCAGUGCUUGACGGCGAGGCUAAGCGAGCUCUUGAAGGUUUGGAUAUCACCAAUAAAAACUAUCAAAUUGCAGUGACUACACUCAAGGAACGUUUUGGAAAAACAUCUUCAGUAGUGGAUGCGCAUUACACGGCAUUAUAUAACAUCAAGGCUGCUGAUAAAUCGGUUGUAGACAUCCGGAGAGCAUUUAAUGAGAUAGAGCGACACUUAAGAGUCUUAAAAUCAUUAGGCGAAGAUGUGAAUCAUAACUACUUACGCGUCAUUAUAAUGCAAAAAUUUCCCGAGGAUCUCAUCUACGAACUACGAUUGAAGGCAGAAUCAGACUCAUUCCAUCGAUGAAAUCCGAAAACAAAUUGAAGGCAUCAUAUCUGCUAAAGAAGCCUCGAAUAAGAUAAAGGAGAGUAUAAGUCUUUCACAACAACCAGGCACAUCGAGUCAAGACCGUGAUAAAUACAGUUUAGGAGCCUUACACAUUAAUAGUGAACAGAAAACUUUUACAAAGAACAAUUUUCCGGCAAGACAAGGGAGAGCACCAAAUCAGAGAUAUUACGGAAGGAGUCAAGAUAGGAGACAACAAAGUGAAAGAAACGCCAACACUAGUCCACGAAAAAGAUAUACAGAAAGUGAUAAAAAGGAGGUAGAGACUAAGAAAAUUAAACCGACUUGUAUAUUCUGUAAAAAGGGACAUUUCAACGAUGAGUGUACAGAGUUUAAAACCAUACGCGAAAGAACAGGGAAAUUAGAAGGCCGAUGUUACAACUGUUUAAGUGCGGGGCACCGGGCCUCACAAUGUCGCUCGCUUAGGAAUUGCUUCCACUGUGGGCGGUACGGUAACCAUAAUCGAGCAUUAUGUCCAUCGAAAGAUCCAGUCAAAACAGAAAUUCUACAUAUCAAUGAGCUAAAUGACACCAAAAAUGGUACUACCAUUUUACAAACUGCCAUCGCCACAAUCAGUCAUGGUGACAAGCGACAAGACGGAAAGGUUUUUCGGAUUCUCCUCGACCCAGGUAGUCAACUCACUUACGUCACGAAUAAAGUCGUAGAUUCAUUAAGGCUCGCUAAAUUGGAUAAUAAUACUCUAUCAGUGUUCACGUUUAUGGCUGACCGUCCGAAUGAGAUAGAGAGCCCCUUAGUGCGUUUGGAUUUUAACACGAGGACCAACAAUAAAACAAGUAUUUACGCAAAUGUGGUUUCGCGCAUUACGAAUGGCGUGCCCCCUAUACCUGUCGAAAUUGAAGGAUUUAAUAUCAAGGACAUCACCCCAAAGACAGUUAUUUUGCAAGAUGAUUUAUCAAUGGGUGAUCAAGUUGAUAUCCUUAUAGGCAACGAUUACUAUGACUCUCUCAUUACCGGUAAUAGAAUCAAGGUGCUAGAUAACCUCUAUUUAGUUGAAUCAAUCUUCGGUUGGGCCUGGUCAGGUCGGUAUAAGAAUGAUAGAAACCGUUACGAUCAACUCUCAGUGCUUACGUACUUCCAGUCUAGUAUUGAGCUGAAUGGCCUGUGUAAGCCCGACCUACCGCUACAAAAAGAUGAUUUACGGAAAUUAUGGGAUCUGGAGUCAAUAGGAACCAUGGACUCGCCCACGACAUCACGUGAUGAUGAAGCUAUCACUCAAUUUAACGCAACAACUAAAUAUUACGAUAACAGGUAUCAUGUUAAAUGGCCUUGGAUUAUAACUCCGCCGGAUUUAUCAACAAACUUUGGACUAGCUCACGGUAGACUUACCAGCCUUCUAAAGAGAAUCGACACCAGCACAAUCCAAGCCUGUGACAAAAUCCUUUCAGAACAAUUAGAGCAAGGCAUUAUUGAAAUCAUUCCUGACGCUUCUCAAACUAAGGCAAAGCACCCAAUUCAUUACCUUCCACAUCACUGCAUCGCUAAAGGGGAUAAGUUGCGUCUGGUAUAUGAUGCAUCAGCAAAAACCAACGGUUAUAAGAGCCUUAAUGAGUGUUUGUACCGCGGUCCGUUGUUACUCAAGGAUUUAACUGGACUUCUUAUUCGUUUUCGAGAGCACCGCAUUGCGAUAGUCGCAGAUGUUGAAAAAACAUUUCUGCAGGUUGGUCUUCAGGAAGAGGAUCGAGACGUAACACGGUUCCUGUGGCUUAGAGACAUUACUCAAGCACCAUCUCCGCAGAAUUUACUGCACCUUAGAUUUCGAAGAGUGCCCUUUGGAGUCAUAUCCAGCCCCUUUUUACUGAAUGCGGUAAUUCGGUAUCAUCUAUUGAAGAAUAACAAGGCAGUCUGCCGCCAGAUUGCUGAAGAUUUGUACGUAGACAAUCUAGUGACCGGAUCAGACUCAGUUGAAGAUGCUAUAUCUCUAUACUCUACAGCCAGAAUGACAUUCAAUGAUCUUUCAAUGAAUUUACGCGAAUGGAACUCUAACUCAGUCAAAGUCAUGGCCACCAUUCCCUUGGAAUAUAAAAGCAAAGAAAUAGAUUCCAUGAAAGUACUCGGACUAGAUUGGGAUAUAAAGAACGACUCUUUGAGCUUGCGAUUCGAAUUGACAAAGCAAAUAGAGGCAUCUACUGUCACGAAAAGGGACAUGUUACGUCUUAUAGCGUCAAUAUUUGAUCCUUGUGGUUACGCUGUUCCCCUAGUAUUGCCCGCAAAAUUAUUCCUUCAGACUCUCUGGCAACAGAAAAUUGAUUGGGAUACAAAAUUCACAGAGCCACGUCUCUCGCAAUGCAAAUCUGCAAUCAAAAAUCUAAACCUUAUAAAGAACAUCAAGAUUCCGAGAUGCGCCAAAUUGAACAGGAGUCCCGACGAAACAACGUCUAAUGAGCUUCAUGUCUUUACAGACGCAUCGAAACAGGUAUAUGCAGCUGUCGUGUACUUGCGCAGUAGCUAUGGCUCAGAAGUUACGACUCAAAUAAUUAUAGGAAAAAGCAGAUUAGCAAGUAAAUCACAACAAGAUGAAUUACAAAUACCUAAACUCGAACUAUUAGGAGCAUAUAUUGGCGCAAAACUGAUUCAAAGCGUGAUAAAGCACAGUAAAUUAAACAUAGCACGGAUUUUUUUAUGGACAGAUAGCCAGAUAGUGAUCAAUUGGUGUUCAACUGAAAAACUUCUACCUCUAUUUGUAGCUAGAAGAGUAGAAGAGAUACGACGAAUAGCUAAUCUACAAGUAAAGUACGUCCCUACGCAACUCAAUCCUGCGGAUGUUGCUACAAGGCCGAAUGCGUCUAGUGAUGAUAUGAAGGUCUGGUUGAAUGGCCCUGGAUUUUUACAACAGGAUCCGAAAGAAUGGCCUCUACAACCCGUGAGCCCCACAGAAUGUAAUGCCUUAACAUCAAUCAACUUGGGCGGCCAGGGCCCUACGGAAACCUUGACAAGGCCAGAGGAGAAUCAAGCUGGUUUUUCAAAUCCAACAAAGGUAGAUGAUGAACAUCAAGUCAGAUCGAAUGAACCAAUUGAUGAAGAAAUGGUCGACGUAGAAAAUAAAAAAGAGUUACUUGUUACAUCAAACUCUCUCGAAGACGAGAGUGAAUUUACAGGAAAUUUGAUACAGAUCCAAGCGGAAUUUUAUAAAGAUGAAUCGAACGGAGUAAUAACUGAUCUAGGUCGAUCGUUAGGUGUUUACAAGGACUCAGACGGAUUACUUCGGUGCAAAGGUAGAUUAUGUAACACCGAUUGGCCUUACGGUCAAAAACACCUGAUACUUCUUCCACGGAAUCAUGAGGUUACGUCUAAGAUAAUAGAGGCGAUUCACCAACGAAAUUACCAUGUAGGAGUGCCACACACAUUAUCUCUUGUCAGAAAGAAGUACUGGAUGUCAAUGCCUUCCGUGCCGCAAACAUUCAGGCGGGCCUUUUAA